AACACAGACUUCGACACUCACAAUGUACUUGAAAAACGUCGACUCAGUGAAAAGGAUGAGGUGCACUGUGAUCUUCCUGGUGUUGUCCUUGGUCGUCUUAAUGGCUGAACCUGGAGAAGGCUUCCUUCACCUCAUUGGCCACUUGGUUCAUGGGAUUUUCAGUGGGAGGGUGGUGAAAGUGGCCGACGAACAGGAGCAGCUGGACAAACGCGGCAUUGAUUACAACCCUGGGCCAAAAUUCAACCGAUUCAACCAAUUCAACUGAUUUUCCAUCUCUACGAAGUGUUCCAGGGCCACAGUUUUAGUUUUUGAACAUAAAUAACUGAAAGCAGAGAAAACGCUUUUGAUUUGACUCGAUAUGAUGUAAGAAGAUUGGAUUAAGAAACAAAAAACGGAAAUAAAAUCACAUUGUAAGAUGA